AUGCCCUCGGUGAUGGAGAAGCCGAGCGCGGGCUCCGGGAUCCUGUCCCGCAGCCGGGCCAAGACGGCGCCCAACGGCGGACAACCCCACUCGGAGGAUGACAGCAGCGAGGAGGAGCACUCGCACGACAGCAUGAUCCGCGUUGGAACCAAUUACCAGGCCGUAAUUCCGGAGUGCAAGCCUGAGAGCCCCGCGCGCUACAGUAACAAGGAGCUGAAGGGGAUGUUGGUGUGGUCACCCAACCACUGUGUGUCAGAUGCCAAGCUUGACAAGUACAUUGCGAUGGCCAAGGAGAAGCAUGGUUACAACAUUGAGCAGGCGCUGGGCAUGCUCCUGUGGCAUAAGCACGACGUAGAGAAGUCGCUGGCUGACCUGGCCAACUUCACCCCGUUCCCGGACGAGUGGACAGUAGAGGACAAGGUGCUGUUUGAACAGGCCUUUGGCUUCCACGGCAAAUGUUUCCAGCGGAUCCAGCAGAUGCUGCCUGACAAGCUGAUUCCCAGCCUGGUGAAAUAUUACUACUCUUGGAAGAAGACCCGCAGCCGGACCAGUGUGAUGGACAGACAGGCUCGGCGGCUGGGGGGCCGGAAGGACAAAGAAGACAGUGAUGAGCUUGAAGAGGGACGAGGAGCCGUGAGUGAGGGGGAGCCGGACGCUGGAGACCCCACGAGAGAGCCUCUGCCCUCUCGGCCCCUGAAUGCCCGCCCAGGUCCGGGAAAGAAGGAGGCCCAGGGGUCUCAGUACCGCCACCAUCCGCUGCGAACUCGGCGGCGCCCUCCCAAGGGCAUGUACCUGAGCCCUGAGGGCCUCACUGCCGUGUCAGGGAGCCCGGACCUUGCCAACCUCACACUUCGAGGCCUCGACUCCCAGCUCAUCUCCCUCAAGCGCCAGGUGCAAAGCAUGAAGCAGACCAACAGCAGCCUCCGCCAAGCCCUGGAGGGGGGCAUCGAUCCACUCCGCCCCCCUGAGGCCAACACCAAGUUCAACUCCCGCUGGACCACGGAUGAGCAGCUUUUGGCAGUACAAGCCAUCCGUAGGUAUGGCAAAGACUUUGGGGCUAUUGCAGAGGUGAUUGGGAACAAGACUCUGACCCAGGUGAAGACCUUCUUUGUGAGCUACCGGCGCCGCUUCAAUCUGGAGGAGGUGCUGCAGGAAUGGGAGGCCGAGCAGGAUGGGGCCCCUGGAGCCCCCCCGGUCCCCAUGGAGGAGGCUAGGAGAGGGGCUCCCUUGCCACCCCCAGCCCUGGAGGAAGAUGAUGAGGUCCAGAUUACAUCUGUGUCGACAUCAGGACCCCGAUCGGGGCCCCCUGCGCCGCCCCCUCCUCCACCUCCCACCUCGCUGUCCCAGCCGCCGCCACUGCUGAGGCCACCUUUGCCCACGGCUCCCACCCUGCUCCGCCAGCCACCCCCACUCCAGCAGGGCCGCUUCCUCCAGCCCCGGCUGGCCCCCAACCAGCCCCCACCACCUCUCAUCCGCCCUGCCCUGGCUGCCUCCCGCCACGGUGCCCGCCCCGGCCCUCAGCCCGCACCCCCUCUGGCUGGAGCCCCCCUGGAGCCUCCAGCACCCUCGCUCUGAGCCCCGAGGCCCUCCGCCAACCGGAGGCUCCAGAACCCCUUUGCCGGACGUCCUCGGGGACCUCCAGCUUCACUGAGGACAGAAGAGACUAGAGCUCUCGCCAGGUCUUUCGAAGACCCAGCGCUGCCGACGGGGGUGGGGGUGGGGGUGGGGGGGCGCACAGCCUGGACCCCCGCGGGUUCUGCACGUCUUUCUGGCAGCCAGCCUGUCUCCACCCCCACCCCAGCCAGGGUCUGGGGCCUUCUGAGCUGGCCCGAGGGUACUUUUCCUGGCUGGGACUGGAAUGGCUGCCUCCUAGUCUGCCAGGGCGUGGCCUAGGGGUCCUGCCCUUCGUGUGUAGGGGGUAGUGACCAUAGCCUGCGGGGGGCGGAGAGGACAGUUUAGUGUGUUGGCUGUUCUUCCUCUUCCCCUUCUUUUAGCAAUAAGUCUGGGGUGAGGUGGGGAGGGAGCUGGAGGGGGGAAGUGGGCAGAGGUUCCUUGGGGCCUGACAGCAUCAGAGGCUGAAGAGGCAGCUCUCCGGUCUUCAGGGGGUCUUCAGGGGGCCGGGUGGAAAGUGCUGAGGAGCCCUGAGGGUGCCCACUGUGCCCACCGCCCAAAAGCUUAGAGAAAGGAGGGUUGGGAACAUAUGCAGACAUGGGUUUAUUUUUCAAUGUUUUUUAAAAAUAAAUAAAACCUUCAAGCUCACUGA